CUCUUUUCGAUAACAAGAGAUAAGGCAACUAACCCACACAAAUUCCCAAUCAAAAUUGAAAGCCAACGCCAUCCGCCAUGGCAGAAGCUUCGAGAAUCCUCCAAACAACACUCGUCCACACCUUCUCUCAAAACCCUAAAUCUCAAAUUACACUCAGAGCCCACUCCAAUCGUCGCUCCUUCCCUCCAAUCUCGAAAAGCAGCAGCCUUUUCCGCCCAAUUCGCUGCUCCGUCACCACCGCCAGCGGCGGCGGCGGCGAAAUCGCCACCCAAAUCGGCGUCCCAUGGGGCUGCGAGACAGACUCGGCGGAGAACGCGUCGGCGUUGCAGAAAUGGUUGUCGGAGUCCGGGCUUCCACCUCAGAAAAUGGCGAUACAGAGGGUGGAGGUAGGAGAGAGAGGGCUCGUCGCUUUGAAGAAUAUAAGGAAAGGAGAGAAUUUGCUCUUCGUUCCUCCCUCUCUUUUCAUCACUGCUGAUUCUGAAUGGAGCAAUCGUGAGGCUGGUGAAGUGAUGAAACGGUACAACGUGCCCGAUUGGCCAUUUCUUGCUACGUAUUUGAUUAGCGAGGCGGGUCUAAAAAGCUCUUCGAGAUGGAGUAACUACAUUUCAGCUUUGCCGAGGCAACCUUAUUCGCUUCUUUAUUGGACGCGUUCGGAGUUAGAUAGAUAUCUGGAAGCUUCCGAAAUCAGACAGCGUGCGAUUGACAGGAUCAAUGAUGUCACUGGAACAUACAAUGACUUAAGGGAGAAGAUAUUUUCGAAGUAUCCUGCUUUAUUUCCCGAAGAGGUGUUCAACAUGGAGAGUUUUAAAUGGGCCUUUGGAAUUCUUUUUUCUCGUUUGGUCCGAUUACCCUCGAUGAAUGGAAGAGUUGCUUUGGUUCCUUGGGCAGAUAUGUUGAAUCAUAGUUGUGAGGUAGAAACUUUUCUAGAUUACGACAAGUCAUCUCAGGGGGUCGUUUUCACGACAGAUCGAGCAUAUCAGCCAGGUGAGCAGGUUUUCAUUUCAUAUGGAAAGAAAUCGAACGGAGAGCUUUUGCUUUCGUACGGAUUUGUUCCACGUGAAGGCACUAAUCCUCGUGACUCCGUUGAGAUAUCACUCUCACUUCUAAAAUACGACGAUUGUUACAAAGAAAAAUCCGAAGCUUUGAAGAAACACGGACUAUCUGCGUCGCAAUGUUAUCCUCUGCAAAUAACUGGUUGGCCAGUCGAGUUGAUGGCAUAUGCUUACUUGGCAGUAAGCCCACCGAGUAUGGUAAACCAGUUUGACGAGAUGGCUGCUGCUGCAUCGAAUAAAAAUACGUCGAAAAGGGAUGUUCGAUAUCCUGAACUAGAAGAAGAUGCGUUGCAAUUUAUUCUGGAUACUUGUGAAGUCAGCAUAUCGAAGUACUCCAAGUUUCUUCAGGCGAGUGGAUCGAUGGAUUUGGACGUGACAAAUCCGAAGCUUUUGAACCGGAAACUGUUCUUGAAACAGCUAGCUGUCGAUUUAUCCACUAGCGAACGGAGGAUCUUGUUUCGUGCACAAUAUAUAUUGAGGAGGAGAUUGAGAGAUAUACGAAGCGGCACGCUGAAAGCUCUCAACAUUUUCGAUGGGCUUUUCGGUGGAGUUAAAAAGCUAUUCAAUUGAUCAAUCAGCUGUUGUAAAAUAAAAUGUUUUCUUUGGGAUCAAAUAGUAAUUAUAGACUUAAUAGUGGUUCAUGGUGGAAUUUUUUUGCCCCUUUUUUCUCAUGCAAUAAUAUAUUUUUAGUGUUACAUUUUAUUUACACAUAA